AUGUUUGACGGGCAGCAAAGCCAGAACAAUUUUACAUACCCUCAACAACAACAAGUUGCUCCUCAGGAGCAAGGACCUUCCAACAUGAGCUUCUGGUCUACACAGCAAGAUACGAAUACGAAUGCCACUACUGGAAAUUAUUCAGCUCCUGCAACACAUGCAAACCAGAACCAGAACCAGAACCAGAACCAGAACCAGAACCAGAACCAGAAUCAGCAGUACAUGUAUGGUAACUCUAGUAAUACUAAUAUGGCUAAUCUGAUGACUACGCAUCCUACAAGUUAUAUUAAUAGCAGUUAUUUGACCUCUAAUACUAAUUUGCAGCCAAGUCAGACAGGUUUAUAUAAUAACAAUGGACCGAUUCCUCCUCACUUUCCAACUACCUCAACAAACUCAAAUAGUCCACCUGUUCAAGGUCAAAAUAAUCAAUAUUACCCUUCCAAAGCAAAUGAGGCCAAUAAUCCAAGCUACAACCAAUUUCCAGAGGCUGCUAACCAAUAUCAAAACAUAUCUUCACAGCAUCUUCAACAACCACAAUCAGCAAAUAUGAGUCAGCCAAUGGCAACAUCGCAGCAACAUAACGAUGUGCCUACCUCUAAUUUCUCCCAUUCUAACAUUAAUGUCAACUCAAAUGUAGGACAAAAUCAAACGUUGCAACCAAUGAGGCAACAAUUGACCGGUUACUAUCCAAACCCAUCUGAUCAGCACUUGAAUGUAGUACCAGCUUCAAACUAUACUCCUCAAAUUGAAGCCACUCCAAUAGGAACUAACAACGACUCAACACAACAGCGGCGCUUGGAGCCACAACAGACUGGGUUUUAUAUGAAAAAUAACCAAUUCCCGUCGGAACCGUUGAAGCCAAACGCAACGGGAUUUGUCAACUCUUUUGCCAAUAAUGGUAUUGAUCAAAACAUCAAGAUACCUCCUAUUAGAUUAUCUUUUUUAACCGCAGCUGACCAAUCUAAAUUUGAAAUUCUAUUCAGAUCAGUAGUUAAAAAUGGUUCGAAUACAGUAUCAGGAAUUGAUUGUAGAAAGAUCUUGAUGAAAUCUGGAUUACAACCAACACAGUUAGCAAGAAUUUGGUCUCUUUGUGAUACUUCGAAGGCCGGCGAAUUAUUAUUUCCUGAAUUCGCGUUGGCUAUGCACUUAGUAAACGAAGUAUUACAAGGAGACUCGAUCCCAUUUGAAUUAGAUACGAAAACAAAAAAUGAAGUCGAAAGUUUCAUUGAUGCAAUCAAUUUAGCUAUUGUUGAUGAUCUAGAUACAGGGACCAAUGCGGGACAAGCAACUGCAAAAACGCCGUUUGACAACCUUAUUACUAAUAAUAGCAACAAUAAUAACAAUACACCUAAUGUGCAGUCGCCAAAUACAACUGCAGCUACUGGUCAUAUCCAACCGCAGGUGACAGGAUUUAUCCCUGAUACAAGUUUUGGGCAACCAUUGAACUUACAUCCAACUGGUAUGGCACCAAUGUUUCCACAAAGUACAGGAUAUACUCCUCCAAUUCCACACACGACGGCGCCAACGAACAUGCCCGAUGGAUCUAAUGCUGUGCCACCACCAAUUCAACAACAGGGAACUGGGUAUCAUAUGCCUCCGCAAAUGACCGGAAAUGAUGGUAGUAAUGGUCUACAGAAUGUACCACCUAACACCUUAUCAGGUACUUUGCAGCCACAAAGUACUGGUUACAAUACAACCAAUAAUACUACACAACAGGGAUACAUGCCUCCUGCAAAUUCUACUGGCGAUAUAACACAAGCAGGACAACAGCCAUUACAGCAGAAUGCAACUGGCUUCGUUCCACAAACUUCAUUUGGUAUGCCAUUAUCUUUCCAAUAUACUGGUGGUCCUCUCACGAUCCAAUCACAGCAACCACAAAUUAAUUCUAUUAAUUAUAACCAAACAGGAAACGGUCCAUUGCAGCCUCAACCAACCGGUUAUUUACCACCAUCAAACUUCAACCCUACUGUUCCACUAGUAGCCCAAAAGACAGGCUUUGGUAAUAACGAGCUCUAUACGCAGUCGAGUUUCGUCAAUAAAGUAGUUCAAGAAGAAGAGCAGGAUGUUAUAACCCCAGAAGAAAAAUCCUUAUAUUACAAAAUUUUUGCUACUUAUGACUCUGAUAAACGUGGUUAUUUAGAUUCUCCAACUGCUGUUGAAAUUUUCAGAAAAUCAGGUUUAAGCAGAGGUGAUUUAGAACAAAUUUGGAAUUUAUGUGAUCGUGAUAACAAUGGACAAUUGAACAAACAGAGUUUGCCAUCGGUAUGCUAUUUUGUAUUCGGGAAAUUGAAUGGGAAAGAUUUGCCAAAUAAAUUACCAAAUAGUUUGAUACCAUCUAGUGCUAAAAUUUUAGAUUCUGUGAAAAAUCAAUUGAAAACUAAUAUUAAUAAUAAUACGGGCUCUCGCACUUUCACCAAAAACGAUGCCUUGAAUUAUAAAAAUGAUGAUUCAGUCAAUACUUUACCCAUCUUUAGAAACCGUAGAAAGACUAAUAGUUCACUGGGUAUUUCUGGUACAUCGAGUCUGUUAAAAGCGAAUACUACAACUACAUCUCCUCAGGCAACGAAUAAAACAAAUGAAAGGUCUGAAAAAGAAGUAAGACAGAAGAUAGAUAUAUUGCAAAGGCAAAUUGCUGAAAAAGAAAAAAUAUUAAGCAGACCAAUACCAGAAGAUCCUAUCAAAUCUAUAGAAAAACUUAAGGCUGAAAUUAAGAAUGUAUUCAAUUCCAGCCGUGCCAAUAAUCAAAACGAUCUUGAGAAAAGAUUCCAAUACCUGUUGACAAGACUUCCUGCAUUGUUUUCAGAGAUUAAUGAAGUAGAUAAUGCGAUUGCUGAUAAUAAAAUCAAAUUAUUACAAUUAAAAAAUCAACCUACUAUUAUUGGAACGGGUCCGAAUGGAGAAGUUACUGAGAAUGAUAGAAAGAAAGCAAGGACAAGGGCACUACUAAAGGUAAAAAUGAAUGCAUUGACAAAUUCGUCUACUGAAGUUUUUAGCGAUGAAAAGUUCAAACUAGCUUUGAAUGAAGUUAGAAACGAGCAUGACAAAAACCAAGGAAUUAUUGAUGAUAUUAGAAUGACUAUAAUGGAUAUGUCAGCAUCUGUAGCAACUUCUCUACAUCCUGGAGCGCCCAAUAUUGAUUCAUCUAGCUUUAAUAAAUGGGAAAUGGGGAUGGGGAUUGAACCGGAAGUUUCCUCACUUUUGAAAGAACUAAGGCAAACCAGAACUAAUGAAAGCACAGCUACAGUGGUUCAAGAGAGAUCUCCAUCUACUUUACUGACAUCUACUGAAGGGGACAUACCAAGGGACACUAAAGAUAAGAACGCUAUGUUCAAAGAAAAGAUGAAAAAGAGGAUGGCAGAAAAACUAUCCAGAAUUGAUGUCAAUGGGAGGAGAAGCCCAGAUAUGGUUAAUGCCAAGAACACCUUACUAAAUCGAGAUAGAGAUCAAACUGGACCAACAACUGCCGUACCUACUACAAUAACGAGUCCAUUUGAGGAUAAUAUAACUCAUCUUUCUGACAAUAAAGUUGUUAAUGAUAGCGCUGUUCCUAAAGGUAAUUUUUCUGGAACUGAUGAUGAUGUUGACGAAGAAGAAAAAAAAUUACUUGAACAAUUGCAAAAAAUUAAACUACGAAGAAAAGCAGAGAAAGAGAAGAAAGCUGCUGAAUUGAAUAAAACAACAGGUGCAAGCUAA